UCAAGUUUAAGGAGAAACUCUGUGAAAUAUUAUUUUAAUAUCUGAGUUUACGUUCUGCAUUUCUCAGAUCCAACAAUAAAAGUAUGAUGUGCACAAAAACGGCGUUGCAGUUUCACGACAGAACCACAAUAAGCAGUUUCGUCAUUUUAGAAACGUACAAAAGGAAACUUCUCUUCAGCAGUUCACCGAUUAAUCACAUUCCAGAGUUUCGGGAAGUUGCGAGGCUUCCCUGCAAAAGACAGGCCAAGUUCGUUGGGUGGAAUAGAGAGAGAUUGAGAAGUGUUCCGUUUUCCUUUUUUAAUACGUAUUGCAUCGUUCCGUUUUCCUUUUUUAAUAUGCCACCCUUGCAUCUUCUCCCUACGAAGGCCUAGUCAUUAUUUACGAAAUUAAAAUGAUUAAACGUUAAAUUAUCCGUUCUGUGAAGGGGAAACUGCCACCAGAAAGUUAACGAGUGUGUAGCAGCGUGUGGCAUCGAUGGAUGAUGUCCAGCACAGGUUUCUUUCUUUUGAGUUUAGUCCCAUUAUUGUUGAUCCUUGACCCAAUGCUCGUCGGUGCCUCGCUCUGCUAGGCCGAACCAACUCUUCUUUCCACAAACUAGCGCCGCUGGUUUUAAGGUACAGAAGGGCCCUCUCUCUUUAAGCCCUCGCCCUCCAGGAAGUGGAGAUGGUAGAUUUCACCGAAAUGAAUCCGAUAUUAACAAUAAAAAGAUAAAGGAAGAAAAUUGCCACCGCACGAAGGAGUCUUUGUAAGUCUUCUGCAGACGUUCUUGAAACAAGUGGUGAUAUGUUUGAAGAGCGUGGAGCUGUUUGUUGUGCGAGCUAUUGCAAAAUUUGCGGCCCCAGAUCUCAGAAUAAGUAUGCCUUGCUUUGAUACGUGAUAAAACUGAGGUUUAUUUUGUGAGUGAUGAAAACUGACUUUAUGUGAUAUUUAGGUACCUGUAAGGGAAACGCUGCUUAUUUACUUAACGUAAUACUGACGGCAAGGUGAUUUGAUAUGGAAAUGAUUAACGAGGAAGACGACGCAUGAAACCAUUGAAUUUCGCCCACCAUACCGAUUCACCAAAAGAGGGGAAAAAGAAGACAGUCGACCCGUCAAAAUGAAAACCACGAGAGACUGACUACCAAUAAGAGAUCUGCGUUUAAGCCCGGACUCUCAAGAGAAGAAGAAUAAAAGAAGACUUGCAAAGUCUCCUCCUUCCCUCCCCUGGCGCCUUGUGACUCGGUGGAAUAUGUGAGACUUCAUCAACUUGACGGCGGCUGCUGGGGAGUCUUGCUGAAAAAGGCCAAGAACGAUCGAUAAUAGGAAGUUUUCGAGGAUCACUACUCAACUGACCGCAUGUCAGUUUGCAAGCUUGUGACCAUUCAUUCACCCAUGCGGUUCUUUGUGCCAGGAUUGCUUUCAAAGAAAACCGUGACUGCGCCCCCCUCCAUGAUCCCGUGAAAUGUCAGGGGGCGUUUUCGUUCGUGAAAUCAUUCUUAUCACUCGAUGAUCAUCGCUUGUAUUUGUGUAAGAUGAGAUGUUUGCUCGCGAAGAGAAUCUCUGUCUUAAGUUGUGCUUCAACAGUGCUGUUUCUGUUGUUGAUGAGUUAAUGCUGUUUGUUUCUGUAAAAUAACACGCAGUCCACUCACACAAGAAAAGCGAUGUGUUAACUCAAAAGUUUAUAGCUGUCUGAUGAAGUGAAAGAGAUAUCGAGGGCGCAGAAGAGAGAGGGACCUAAUAUCUUAAGUGUAAUGAUUUGAAAACGAAAUAAAAAAAAGUACGAGAGUAGAAAAAGACAAUGGCGUCUGAUAUGACCAAGGAUCCGUCGCCACCUGUUAAAACGGAAGAAACAGUAACAGGGCGGCCAUGGCUCUUAUGGUUCUGGUGGCUGUGGGCGUGUUGCCUGAAACUGUGGGCGCAAUGCAAGCUCUUCUUCACCCUCAUCGCGUUGUACCUGGCAAUGGCUUGCACCACCUACAAAAAACAGGAGAAGAUCUUAGUGGUAUGGCUCAAGAAGGUGAUGCCCUCACACAAGGUCGACGAUGUCUACCACGACUUGGCCGAUGGGGUCAUUUUUUGUGGCCUGAUAGAGGCACUGGUGCCAGGGACAUGUCCGAGACACGAUCUUUUGCCUCGUGAUCAACCCGCAGCAAAUCUUCGACUGGCAUCUCGCCUUGCUCUCUCGUAUCUUGGAGUUACUGAGGAUUUGACCAGUGCACAAGGCGAUUGUGAAACCAGAAUAGCUACAAUUAAGUUCUUAAAUGGAAUUAGGUACGCUGCUCUCCGAAGACAGUUAUUCGGGGGUUUGCCAGUCACCCCAGAUACAGUUGCACAAACUCUCGGUGAUCAUGAGGUCCUCGCUCGUGGUAUGGGACUUCAGAUGGCUGUGGUGGGCAGGAAAGCAAGGUUUGCGCUCUACAUGAAUCAGAACAUUGACCUCGAUUUAGUGGUUGAAGUGAAAUCAGAUCGAGGUGAUUAUUGUAGUCAUCACAUCACAAGUCGUUCUCCUUCCCGUUCCAGGAACACCUCAAAUACGAAACUAAAGGAACGACAUAACAUUCCCCUGGAGUAUGAAGUUUCCAAGUCUGAAAUACGAGUGGCAUGGAUUCCUCUCCAGCAAUCACGUCACAACUUAGCCAUCAUUUGGAGGGGGCAGCACAUUCUUGGGUCGCCUUAUCUGGUCACUGUAGAUGAAUCGCAACACAACUCCCCUGGACCAAGAAGACAAUUUUUGAGGCCUUUGGGCAACGACGAGCAAAAGACGGCAAACCCUUCCAGGACUUCAGAAUCCCCUCAGCUUAUUUCUGCGAAAGGACAAGCUGGUGCCUUGAGGUUUAUGAGUAUUUUGCGAAGAAGAGUGGUGAGGAGGGUAGUUCACGUCGGUGACCAAGAAGUUGUGUUGAAAGGCAACGAAAGUAUUGGAUAUUCUUCACGAGCUCGUCAGGCUUUCCAGCGCAUGAGGAGCGUUUCCAUGGAUAGUACAGAUGAUGAGCAUUCUGCUGCUAAAGUGAUCGAGGACGGUCACAAUGGCAAAGACCAGUUCUUUAAUAAAAAUGGUUCAGCUGCUGAAAAUAACAUUGGCUUGAAUGCUGAGAUGCCUAAGAACUCAUCUCAAGAAGGGGGAAACGAAGCUUCUCACGAACUGAAUGGAAAUCUUAACCAGGAGUCGAAGCACCAGCAGCAGCGGGUAUCAGAGGAAAGAAAUCUGGAAGGCGCAGUAGUCAAAGAUAGUACUACAUUGGUUGAAUCAGAUCGUAAGGACAUAGGUGAACAAAUUCACUCUGAGAAAGGUGUAUCAGGGACAAGUGUUUCAACGGACAAUCAGACUUCAGGGGAACUGGAUAUUGAAUUAAGAUCUCGAGAAUCGGAAUCUAAACCAGAAACGGGACAUUCCAAGUCUGAUGCAAAGCCCAGCAAAAACAAGAAGAAACGAAAAGUCUCCAAAGGUGUAACGGCCAACACUUGCAAGCAUUUCGACCAGUGCUGUAGUAAUAUCAUAAACAUGUGUGACUUCAUAAUAGAACACAGCCCAAAGAAAGACGCUCUCAAGACACUCGAAGUUGCCAAUCACAUCAUGAAUUAUACAUUUAGUGAUGUAUCAGAGUCAUCUUAUUCUCUGCCUACUGCAAAUUCGAAUGUGUAUAUAAAUGAUAACGACAACGUUUACAUCAAUGACGAUGAUCUCGAUGAAAUGGUGCUGGAAUCUGUUGUGGACGAACAAGGGAACGUUUUAUCUGUAUCCCUCGGCAGUGGCGACCAGGAGGAGGGUGAGGGGGAAAACACAACUAAUUCUGACACAUUCGAGAGUGAAGAAGAAGUCAAUGCACCGCUGAGUGACUUAGAGAGUGCCGGUGACUCACCACAUAACCAGAAGUCAUUUGUUAUUCCCGAAGUCAAAGUUGAUAACGUCAGUCAUGAAUCAGCAAAUAUUGAGGAAGAUAAUAAUGAAAUGCAGAAGACUUUCGAUGUUGAUGAAGUGAAUGGAAACAUGGAUUACCUUCAGACAAUUGAUGAAGAAACUGAACCUAGCUCUAUGGUUGAAGACGGUCAGUGGACAGUGGAAUUGGAAGUUUGCGAUGAAUUACCAGAAAUCAGUGAUGAUGAAAAAUGCACGAGGACGAUGACUCUUGAUGCUCCAGAAUUAUCGUGUUUGAAACCUGAGGAUGUAGAUGUAAAGAGCAAUGAAGACGCUGGGUUGGUAACACAAGAAGACAGUGAUAACAAAGCAAUUUCUGGCACAAGCUUACUUGCGCCAUCCGAUGUAUCCCAAGAACUUGUGUCAGAUUUUAACGACAAAGAACUUUUACUGCAAAAAGAGCUUGAACGAGAGGACAACAUAGCUUGUUUGGAGUCGGCUUUCAACUCAUCUGUAACAUUUGGUGACAAUGAUGAGACAAAGAUUAUUACAGGACUUGAACCUGACAUAUCUCUUGAAGUUACGAAUGCUAGUAAUACAGAUGAAAGUUCUGAAAAUACAUUAGUUGGUGUUGAUUCUGCAGUAAUAGACCCUCGAGGAGGGAAAGAAGAAACUAAUGUUAAUAAUACAGGUGAAAGUUCUGGAAAUUCCUUAACCGGAGGGAAACAAGAAUGCACUCUGGAAGCAUCUGCAGCAUCAGAGAUCGCGAAGGGUGAUGAGGAGUUCACUGAGGUGUUAGUUCAAGAAAAUGAACACUACUUAGAAAAAUACAAGGAAAGUUAUGAUUCUCCAACAUUAAUUGGACGAUUUGCUUCUGAAGACUCAAUCGAAAAUGAUUUUAAUUCCAAAAAACAAAUUGCUCCAAGUGAGAAAGCAAAUGAGCUGUCUGAAUUAUACACAGGAGGGCCUGAAAAGGCUCCAGAUUUUGGAGUGGGUAAUAUACCAGAUAUCCCUUGCCAGGAAGUAAAAAGUAUCACGUCAGAAUUAGAAACAAAGAAUAAAAUAGAAAUGUACUCUGAAGAAUCUGCUUCAGUAAGUGAAAGUUCACAUCAUCGUGAGACAGAAGGCACUGGACAUUUCAUAAGGCAAUCUAGCCUUCAGACCGAAAAACCAGAACGGUGUCCAGAAAACCUGGAAUAUGAUAUUGCUAAAACCAUAGAGCCCAACGUUGCUUUUAAUGAUAAUAAGGAAGACAUGUUAGUGAAGAACUUACAAGAGUUUAAUAUUGAAACGAUACAUAGUGCCCACAAAGGAGAAAGUUUUGAGGUUAAGGCAGACGAAAUUGAGAAUGUUUUCCAAGUUGCUUCUGAUAUACAAGGGGAAUCAAAUAUAUCGCAAACAGAGAAUUUGAAUAGUAAGUGGGACACUACAGUAAAACUUUCCUCAGUAAUAGAGACUGCUGAAGUAGCCACAGAAAAUGAAACUGGCCCUUAUAUCAGAAGUCAUGAAAGCAGUAUUCUUGAUGCACCAGACAAUGAUUUCACUGCAGGUAGUCAAACCUUUAAACCUUACGAGGGGCAAAAUGACAAAAUAUCAAGUGAUAUUAAUAGUAACCCUAAUAGGGAUACUGCUUUUGAAGAAAUUAAUCCAGAAGAAAUAACUGAUAAUCUUAAAGAGAGUGACGAAGCUUUUAUCAGUCAGAUUCCUUCUCCUGCAUCAGAAGAAGUAGCUCAGAUAAUGGAAUCUAAAGAGAAAGAACAUCAUGAUACGUCACAUGCUUUUGCACCUAUCAAGAGAGAUAAAAGUGAAUUGCAUUUCAUUCCUAUUAAAAAGACAUGUGAUGACCAGCCAAUUUGCAGUGCAGGAAGCAAUGUAUCCGACUGUAAUGUUCCUGAAAAAGGAGUGAAAAGCAACUUUAGUUCUGUGUCCAGAUUUAGAUCUUUGUUUGAAAGUAAGUCAAUUCAUGAAAUAUCACACCUUCAUCGAGAACCUUCGCAACAAGAAGAAAGUGAUUAUAAAGCAAAACAGGGAAAACUUGUGACUUCAAAAAUAACUACACAGGACUCUCAAGAAAGUAGUUUUUCUAAAAUGAAAGACUGUGCUCAGGAUACGAGUGCAAAAGAGCUGACUAGCGUAAUACAAACUAACAAGACGGUAGAGCCUUCUGUGCCCAAGAUUAUAUCAGCACCUGUGAUAUCUCCUGACAUGUCUUUACUGAAUCAGUAUCGAUUAGACCAAAGAGGAAUUGAUGAAAAGUCUAAGAAAGUGGAGUCAGAAACCAACAAAAGUAAAUCUCCUUCUCCAGUUCUUCAGAGCAUUAGGAGUAAUUCUGUUUCUUCAUGUCAAUAUAAACGUCUCUCUUACACUAGCUAUGCGCGACAUUCUGUAGAGACAGAAAGAAGAGUUUCUCGCCUUCGGUCGCUGUUUGAAAGCGAAACCCAGAAGUCAACGAGAUCAUUUAGUCCAAGAACCAAGAGGUAUAUUGUGCAAGGAGAUGAAAUGCCAGAUUUGGACAAGAAAGAUAUUUCUAUUAGGAAAGAAAAAGUAGAUACUGAAAAUGAAACAGUAAAUGAUAACUAUGGAAGAAACCAAUUAAAACUCACAUCUGGGGCGCAUUCGUCCGAUGAACCAUUAUGUGACAUUCUUUGUCAGUCGGAUAAUACAGUUGAAUCAAGUGAAAAUUGUACUAACAUGGCAAAUAUGUCUUCAACUUCAGAAGAUUCCAGCAAGCCUGAUACAACUUCUGAAUUAGUUGUGGAUUAUACACAUGUCCGUGGUGUGUGCACUUCUACAGAGUUUUCAUGUCAGUCCACUGCUGUUGCUGAGAUAGACUCAAACCUUACUACCAUUUUAAGUCAUUCAUCUGAUGUUGGAUUAAUGACAGACUCUGCCCUAGUUUUGAAUAACGUUGCUCCAGAGGAGACGUCCCAUAUUUCUGAAACAUUUGUUGAGACUCAGGAUUCUGGUAGAAUUCUAGAUGGAACUGGAUUUGAUCACCAAUUUCCUGCUGAUGUAGAGGCAGCUCAGAAUACAGCUGAACCCACCCAUGCAUUAGAUUUGCAUCCUGAAUCUCUCCAAGAAGUUAGGAAGGCUUCUCCUAAUAUGAUACACACAAGUAGUGACGUUUCAGUGAAAUAUACUGGGAUAGUGAAAGAAAGUGUUCAGGAUUCUGGGUCUGCAAUAAAUGCCAUGGACUUUCCGGAGAGCGGACCUGCCAGCAAUCCAGAGGAGACCUGUGGUUUAGUGUGUCCUUCCUCAGGGAAAGAAGAAUUUGGUUUGGAGAAAAAAGGACGAAAGCUUGUCAGUACACUGGAAAAUAUGGAGAAAGGUAUCAAAGAGAUGCAGCUUUGUGUCCUUCGCUUAAAUGAACAUUAUCCACUAAAAUCUGAUUCUGAUGGCUCUCCCGUCAGUGAUUCAAAUCAGGCUCCUGUGCAUCAUCCAGGUGGAAAAGAAAAGGAAGAUAAUGUAACUGACAGUCCACAUGAAGACGCUUCCAGUUUUCUAAUAAAAAGUAACAUCUUAUCAUCACCAACAGUAAAUGUAAAUGAAAUUAGUCACAAAGUUACAUGUGAUGAUGUUAUAGAAAGUGAAACCUGUGAAGAAAGCAGGAGUGUUCAGGAUGAUAACAGAAGCGUAGCAACCUCUGAGGAUGGGGAGAUAUACCACAAACUUUGCUGUGAUUCAGAAAUUGAUGUAUCUCUAAGUAAUGAUGAGGAAAAAAUUGUUUUAGAUGAGUCCCACUCUGGAGAGAAGAGUGAGGAGUCCAUGAAUAUGAAUAACCUCAUAAUUCCUAUACAUGGAGUUAACAAUCCUGAUAAAUUAUCUGAAGAAGAAGGAAAUGAAGGGCUUGAGCAUGAGGACGUUGAUGCUCAGUGUCCUGCAAAAACUGCAGUUUCAAAAGGUAUGGAGGUACUUUCAUCCUCACUGAUUCUAGAGCCCAGUUUACCUUCAGAGACAACAUAUACGGAUAAUAUUCAUGUGGCUGAAGACGAUAGACAUGAGGGGACACCACACAUAUCGUUAUGUAACAUAGAAAAUAGUGAAAAUUCUUAUGCAGGUAGGUUCCAGAAUAAGGAAUUAGGUGAAAAUAUUCCUGAUGAAAGCCUAGAAACUUCUGCAGGUGAAGAGAAGAUAGUUCAAAGCGUAAUUUCAGUGCCCUCUAAUGUCUCAACUUUAGAAAUAGAAUGUCCAUUUAAAGGUACAGACUUAGUUACAAGUAGGAUUGAAACAGAUGUUUCAUCCAACACUAAAAUUUCUUCUGGAGAGGCUUCAAUGCAAGUAGACCUAUUUUCUCUUGCUUUAGAUCAAGCAAAUCCUGAGGCUGCGAUGGAUAAUUCUUCCAUAUGGUCAGAGCUUGAUAAAAUUGAUGCGUCCAGAAGCAAAGAGGUAACAGAUGUCAUGGAAGAAAAUCAUCCGGAAUUCAAAGGAUUUAUUGUGCAAGAGGAUGAAUCACCUGAUUUUGAAUGGCAAAAUAAAUUUCAAGAUGAAAAUGAGGUCAGUGAAGCACACCAGAGAAAUAAUACCGGAUCAUAUGACACACAGAAAAGCACCGAAGACAGUGCCGGAUAUUCACGUGAGAACAGCCUCCAAGAUGAGUUCCCACCCUCAAGAAAAUCUCCCGAAAAUAUUUCUGUUAGUGUAAAUGUCGAAAUGGGGGAUCAUUUUGGAAAUUUAGCAAUUGAUUCCGAAGCAUCUUUGCUGCCUCACACAUCAGUUCUACUUGAAAAUAAAUCUGAAGAUAGAGAAAGUUAUGAAAAGGAGUCCUCCAUCUGUAAAAGUGAGAGUGAAAAAGAACUGUCGGAUCUAGCUGAACCUCCAAUAGGAGAAGUUCAAACACAAAGAGAUAUUAGUGAUUCAGGUGCUAUGCUAAGCCAAAUCAAGGAAAAUCUUCCUGACAAUGGGCAGGAUUUAAGGGAUGACAAGGGCACAGAUACUUUAGGAAAUGAUCUGCAUACUGAAGAAGUAAAGCAGGAUGAGACAGUUUUGGUAAUGCCCAAAACCCAUGUGUUUUCUCAGGAUAUAGAAGAAUAUGUUAAUUGUAAUAAGCAUGAUUGUGAUGAAGUUCCACCUUCUUCAGAGUUUAUGAACAGUACAGAUGAGGUUACUAAACAGGAAGUUUUCACUGGAGUUAACAUUGAUGAUCAUGAUAAUCCCAAAUUGCAUAUUGCUAACAAAGAAGAGUCACUAGAGGUCGAAAGUUUGAUGAUGUGCUUCAAUGAUCAGGAUGUUCAUAAGAAAGAACAUGGAACUGAAGGUGAAGAGAUACAAGAAGAUUUUGGUGAUAUACUUAGACAGUAUUCAGAUGAAAUAAUUGAUGAUCUGGGAGGAAAUGAAGAAGCUUUAGAGACUUGUCAAUCCGACAUUGCAGACCUUUCAAAUUUAAUUGAACACGAACAAAGAGUAGCUUGCUCUGAAAUCUUAAUGCCUCCAGUACCACACUCAUCAACAUGUAUAGAACCUGAGACAUUAAUGACUGGAGAUGAAAUGUCUGUGGUUUCUGAUAGCUUAUCAAAGGACUUAAGUGGAAAUUCAACUGUGUUUCAAGAGGAACGGAAGCAUUCAGAAGAGUUAGAUGAGCAGAUAAUUAGCAUAUCUGCUCAUCAAGAGGAAAACCCUUCGGGAGUAUUUAUAUUUUCAGAAGUAGAUGAAUUAAACAAAUCCAAAAAUGAUAUUCAUGUUCAUGAACACGAAUUACUUAAUCGCAAUAAUGAUGGUGAGGAUCUUUCACCGGUUUCUUCUAUUAACACGUCUGCAUAUUUCAGUCUUAGGGAUUAUGAUGAUGAUUAUGCAAGUGUAGGGACCUCUGCCCCAACAAGCCUUCAGCCAGAUCUUGAGUUGGAAGAUGAGAUAGACGCCCCAGUGUGUUUGACAAAUGCUCAAGAACACCAGAAUGAAAAUACUGACAUGCUUUUCACAAACUUUGCAAAUUUCCUUCGAAGCAGAUCAACCUCACCCAUGGGAAGCAGACUGGCAUCUCCUAUAGGAAGUAGAUCUGUCUCUCCCAUGGGGAGUAGAGCAACAUCUCCCGUUCCUGUCAACCAGUUACCUUCAAGCUUAUCAGAGGAUAUGUCGUACUCCAGUUCUGUAGAGAGAGGUUCACCGGCAAAGGCUUCCUCUACAGAUAGUACUGAUAAAAGUGAAGAUUUGUCAGUUAAUACUUUAGUUGGUGAUUUUGGUGAUCAUAAAAUAAGCCCUCAUCCGACAUCACUUGCUCUCUCAAAUGUGUGUUCACCAAUGGACCCAUCUUUUGACUCGGCGGCUUUGCUAAAAACUAGUCCUGAUGACCAUGAUUCAAGUCCUGCCAGUCCUAUGUAUGAAGAAGCACCAGAAUUUAUCAGAGAAGAAACGUUAUCACAUUUAACUGUAAACAGCAAAAGUUCUGAUGAUGUAACCCCUGAAUAUGAAGAUGUUCCAGAAUUCCCAUGUAAUAUAGAAAAACCAGUUCAUCAGUCUUCCUAUCCAGUAUUGGCAGACUCAUUCUCAAAUGACCUUGACUCUGCAGAUUCCAAGAACCAAAAUGAAACUGCGUCCUUGACCAAUUCUCCCUCAGAUAAUUCGAUAAGCCAUAGCAGCACAAAUAAUGAAGUUUUACUUGCAAAUGAUGCCGCUACUAACCAGGAAGACAAAGUUGCAAAGAAUCAAGGGUGUAACCUUGAAGUACCUGUUGCACUAAAUGUAGCUGAUAGUGAUUCAGAUAGUGAUUUUUGUUUUGGUACUGAUGACACUGGAGAUUUCACUUUUAUUCCUCAAAGUUUUAUUGAUCAACAGCUUGCAAUGAAAAAACUAGAUAUUAAUGAAGGAACUUAUCCUAAUGAAUCAAAAGAGGAGAAAUUAGAUAGUGAUACUCCAGAUUCAUACCAUUUUGAAUCAAAAGAGGAGCAACUCAUUAGGGACAAAGAUUCAAAGAAUUCAAGUUCUGAAAGUUUAUCAGAAAAGGGACAGCUUAUCGACAACAUUUCAGCAGUUACAGAUGAUUUAAGGGAAAAGGAUUCAUUUUCAGGGAACAGCAAUUUAAAGAAUGAAAUUGAAAAUAUAUGUGUAAAUGAGUAUUCUCUUGCUGCAGAAGAUAAUGCAAUGAGCAAUCUCUCAACUUCACCUGCAACUCAGGAAGCCAAUCCUAAAUUAUAUGAAGAAAAAGAUGAAAAUAAAAUUGUUUCUAUAAAUGUAAAAUUUGAAGAUGAUAGCAAGUCUGAAGAAAAUCAAAAUAAACUUACAACUCAGCAGAGAGAUGGUGAAUUAGUGGAAGUAUCUCAUGAGCAACCCAGUUCUGUUAUUACAUCCAAGCCUUUAGAGACACAUGAACCUCUCACUCUGAAUAAGGAUGAUUUAGAUAAAGAAAGCAGUGAGACAGAUUCAGAUGAUGAUAUGAGAGUUGGUCCUAUCAAAGGUUGCCAACCCUUACUUAUACCAAUGAGCCCAAGUCCUUGUAAGUCUCCUAUAACUGACAGUGAUUCUUCCCAGUCAGAAUCUGAUGUAACGACAGAUGAAGAUGAAAUAGAGGUUCCUGGCUCCAAACGUAUUCAGAAAUACACAAAACCAGCUCGUAGUCACCGAAGCAAACUUCAUACAAUCCCAGAGCUGUCUGAGGAUGAAGAGGAAGAAUUAGUACCUACUAGGCCACCCCGACUAAGAAAGUUGUCACUUGGCCGCAGGAGACUUUCUGAUGGGAAAGGACCUGAGUCUCCAAGGUAUGCACAUGCAGCACCAUCUCAUAAAGGAAUCUUUUCGUCAUCAAUUGUCAAAAAAAAUGAGCUGGAUUUUCCAAGUCGGGAUGAGAACAGUCACAUUACGGAAUGUUUAACUUUAAAGGAAAUAAGUGAAGAUGAUGUAUUUGAAGUUGGUGAUGAACCUUUGUCCAAGGAUCCUUCAUCAUCAUCUGAUACAGAUGAAUAUGAUAGUAACAGUGAGAUGAAGUAUGGCAGAUGCUAUAUGAAAGGUACUUUUCUUCAUAGGUCAGAAAAUGAUAAUAUUGCAGGUGAGGUUGUACAUACAAAAACAGAGGCAUUAGAGAAAGAGGCAGGGACAACACCAGUAGUUUAUGAGAAAAGUGAUGAACCCGUUGAAAGUUUGGAUGUUGUUCUGGCUGAAAAAAUAUCCUGUGAUGAUUUUGCAGGUGAGGUUGUACAUACAAAAGCAGAGGCAUUAGAGAAAGAGGGAGGAACAUCACAAGGAGUCCAAGAGAAGAGUGGUGCCCCUGUUGAAAGUUUGGAUGUUCUGGCUGAAAAAAUAUCCUGUGAUGAUUCUUGUAAUUCUAUUUUGGUAGAAAGUAAGCCAGCUGAAGUCCAGGAACAAGUACUUGUGGAUUUUCAGGGAAAUUCAUCAGAUCUAUUAUCUGGUACUGAAGCAUCUCAAGCACAUGAAAAAGUACCUGUUCUGUGUGAUGAAACUAAACACUGGGAAAUGAGUGAGCCACCUUUAUCUUCCAAUGUCCCUGAUUUCACAGACCCAUUGCACUUCACCGACGAUGAUUCAACCAGAAUGUCCUCAUUUUAUCCUCCUAUGGAAACAUUAGUGAUACCUGCUCAAGCUGUACCUGUAAAUGUAAUCUCAUCGGGGUCUCAAGAAGAAUUCAUAGCUUUUGACAGUGAGGAGGGGGAGACCAGCUGUAAUAAUGAUGCAGAAUCCUUUGUGCAACCUAAGUAUGUUAUUACUCCGUUAGGAGAGAAGAGUAUUCUCACGCCCCAUGCUUUUGUCCCACCAAUGGAAACCCUUGUAAUUCCUAAUAUUUAUGACUCUACUGAUGGGAUAUUUGAAGAGAAAAGUGAGGCUCAUAAUGUAAUUGAAGAUUGCAUAGAUGGGAAUUAUAUUCAAAAAGGUAAUGACAGUGAAGAGCAGUUAAAGUCUGGCAAAGAAAAAGUAAGUGAAAAUCUAACCUUCAUGGAAGAAGUGAGAGGAAUUCAAGAAACAACUUAUAAGUAUGGGAUUGUGGAUGAAACAUCAGCUGAAGAAACAAGACAGUUUUCAGAUUUCCUCGAAAAUGAGAUCUUCAAAGCAGAAUGCCCUAAUCAAGAAAUUAUAUUAGACAUUCAAAUUGAAAAUAUGGGGAAGGAAUCUACUACGAAAAUCUCACUUCUAGAAGCUGAUGUCAAAGGAAGAGAACACCUGAACACUUUUGCGUCUGUCACUAGUAGUGCAUGGGAUUCAUCAAAUGAAAAGAGUAUAUCUGAAGUUAAAUGUAAUGUAUCUUUAAUGGACCAAAUGGAAGACUUUGCAGCAGAAGAAUGCAAAGGCACCUGUGUAGACACAGAAGAUAACAAUGACUUCUUAGAAACAACUGAGGGUGCUAGUGUAGAUGAUGGUGGGGAUGACCUUAAUAACAUAUCUCUCAGCAAGGAACAGUUGGAAUUUUUUCAGAGUGGUGGACUACAGCGUCUGACAAGGUCGUUUGGUGACAGUAAACCAUCAGAUCCAGAGCUGGAGGAAGGUGAGGCUAAAUGUGUAAUGAAUGAUGACUCCUCUCUUAUAAUCUCUGUAGGUGCACCUAAACACGGCAGUAAUGUUAUUAACCCUAAAUCCUUUGGCUCUACUGUUCUUGGCUGUAAUAUUACAGAAACAAUUCAGGAGCUGAGUGAGAGUAAUUCUUUACAGUUGCAAAAUGUUUCAGAGAAUAUUUCAAAUAGUUUUUUGAUGAAUGACGAAGAUUUGGUAGGUUUGUAUACAGGUACAGCUGAAGAUACAUUUUCAAUUACUAAAUCUUUUGAACCACAGACUGACCUUGACCUCUUCCCAGCAGUGAAUGACACCUUUACAGUGACUGCUACUAGUGACCCAUUUUCACCAACUACAAACGUAGAUCCAGAAUUUCAUGAGCAUGAAUGGCCUGGCUGUGUAUUCGAGGAAUUUAAAGACAGAGAAGCCACAAGUCCCUUCUCUGAUGAUGAGCUCUUCAAAGAAACUAUUUACAAGGAAAAGAAAGGAAGCCCCAUUGAGACAAGUGAUGUCAUGUCAUUCACAUCUGUUGGGUUAGAAAGGAAGCCGAACAUCUUAGAUGACUCAGUCGUGCCUCAGACUUCACACAUAGAGUUAACAGAAUCUCUCGGUCAGACGCCUUGUGAUGAUUUGGAAACUGUGAAAGAAAGUGGUAGAAUCCAAGUGAAUGCUAAUGAAUGUAGUGUAUCUCAGACUAACACCCAUGACUGUCAAAGUGCCCUGCAAACAUUAGAAUUUAUAUAUGAGUCUGAAGACAUAAAUCGACGAAGUGAAAAACUCAAAGGUGCUGUGGAUCAUGUGCAGGCAGAGGGAAUUCAUCAUCACGUACAGCAGGCAUGUGAAGUUAUAAAUUCUUCGGUAGUCAGCAAUGAAAAUCAUGCACCCUCUCAGCUCUUGUGUGAAAAAUCUGUUUUUCAUCAUCCUUCAUAUGGAAAAUGUGGUGGUGCUACUUAUAUAUCAGAUUUUGGAAAAGCAAAUGUAGACUGUCUUUCUCAGCUUGAAAUUAUAGAUAAAAAGCAAGGACAACAUCAGCCCUUAUGCAGUAAAAAGGAUUUUUCUGAAGAAGCUGAACAGUCAUUAUUUAGGAAAGAAUCAAAGAAUCAUUUGCAAACACCAAUGGAAGACCUUCAGUGUGUCUCAUAUUCUUUAUUUGGAGAUUGCGACAAAGAAUACCAUACUUCAGAAACACUUAAAGAAUGUGUUUCUGUUGAUAUCCAUGAGACUUUCAGUUAUAAUGAGGAUGUGGCAUGUGGAAAGGAAAAGCCCAUUAGUUUCUGUCAGUCAGAUCUUCUUGAUAUAUCAUUUAAUGAAAAUGUAAGAGAAACAUUUGAUAAUGUUGCAAGCCAUGCUGAAACUGGGGGAGAUUUGCCAAAGAGUCCAUUUGCUUCGAAUUCUGAUGGUUUGAGUGAAAAUAAAAAUAUGUCUUAUUUAGGUAGUAAACAGUCUCUUUUGAUUAAUGUUGCUACUGAAGAUGAUGCAAGCAUCUCCAGCAAUUCAUUAUCAGAUAGUCGUUCUAGUAAGCCGUCAGUACACUGGGAUACGCACCCUUGUGUUUUUGAUAGUCCUCCAGCAAAAGAAAAUAAUGCCCUUGUGUUAGAUGGAAAUCCUGUGUUUGAUUUAUUAUGCGCUAAAGACAGUGACAGCUGUGGGAAGGAUGAAGAUUUGCACAUAUCACAUUCUAAAGAUGAUGAGUAUGGAAUACAGAGUACCGCUGAAAUGUUGCUUGGAGAAGAUAUAUCUGAGACAGUAUCACAGGCCAGUGUAACAGAAUCUUGUUUGGCCAAGGAUAUUUUAACAGAAAAUCUUUUAGGACUUGAUACUGAGAUUCAAGAUGCACAGCAAUACUUUCCUGUAAGUGCUGCAGAUGUCACCAGUGAUAAAAGUCUUUUAGAUGAUGAUGCUGUAGAGCCAUUGGUGGAUUCUCCUUGCUUGUUAGAUAUGUCUAGUGUAAGCCAUAGAAUCCAUGACAAAAAUCAGGAAAGUUGUUUUCAAGAAUCACUAAUAGACUCAUUAGAUAGCCGCAGUGCUCACAUGGAAACAAACCAAGGACACACAAGGGAAUAUGUUUGCGCUCAAUUAUCUCAAAAACUCACAGAUAUAGUUUGUGAAGAUGACGUUAUGUCAGCAUCAGUAAAUUCCACUGAUGAACAUUGGGCUACUUCUUGGACUCGCGCUGAACAAGUGGAUAGGGAAGACGAUGCAUCCAUAAAACGUCAGGUGCAAAAAGAAUCAAUAUCGGAAGCAAAUGUCAGAGACACUGAAACCUUAGAGUGCUGUAAUCCUAUUACUGAUAGUAAACUAGGCCAGACACCUGCUUUAUCUAAAGAAAUCUCGUACACUGACACAGUAGUAUCUGCUAAAAGUUGUGAAGAGCAGCGUGGGGAGGAAAGUAAAGAUGGAAAGGAAACUAAGGGGAAUGGUGUGGAAUAUACUACUCCGGUAAUUUCAGAAAGUACUAAUGAGGACUUUCAUAUAUUGAAGGACAAAUGUACUGUGGUAAAUGAAACUGUAAAUGAUCAUCAUGACGUAAGCCAUCUGAAUGAUGUGCGUGAACCUGAAAAUAAUUUUUCUCGCUCAGAGGAGAAACCAUGCAUUCAGGGGCUUGUAUCAGAUUCUCUGAGUGGACAUGAUUAUGAAAAUGGCACUGGUAAUGAUGGAGUUGAAAAAAAGUGUUUGUCAGAAGUUAAGCAUGGUUUAGAGACUGAAGAAUUUUUUGAUGAGGAGAAACAAAGUGAUAGUGAUUCACUGAUGGUAACAGCCAGAGAAGAUGAACUAGAACAAGAUGAUUCUCCGGGCUUGAGUGAGUCCCAGCAUGAAAGGGAUAACACACUCUCAGAAGUGUCCUCUGCAGUUUUUGAGAGUUUAAAGGAGACCUAUCCCACCCUGAGUCCCCAGUUAACGGAAAAGUUAAAAGCAUUGGAACUAACUCCAGAUUUCUUUUCUGAAUCUAGCGAAAGCCCUGAACCUUUAAAACAGUUAAGUGAUGACGAUAAGGAAACUGUGGAAGAUAAUGACAAUAAAGAUGAUGACACAACCAACUCCAUAACUUCUGAGCAAACAAAUCUUGUUUUGGGGGAAUUUCAGCAGAUGUUAGAUGAAGAAGGGUCGGUGUCAAGCAUAGCAGAGUCAGGUGAAGAACACUUCUUUGAAGACGAAGUUCAGAUCUUAAAUAAUGAUCUACCUAACAUUCACCGAGCUGCUGCUGCAGUUGCUGAAGAAACAGAAUCUGAUUCCUUGCAAAAAUUUCAUUCAUGUCUGUCUGAGCUGUGCGAAAAUAAUGUUCCUGUUGAUUCUGCAAACUACCCUAGUUUGUUAGAAAAGCUUACAGGAUCCCAGAAUACCUGUACUUCAAUUAGUGCAGGCAUAUCUCUGGAAGAAUUUCUCACAAAAGAAGUUACUCAUAGUGAAAGAUCAUUUCAGCAGCAUGAUUCAUAUCCUUCAAAAGAUCUAGUAUCCUCCCGGAAAGAAUUCUGGGACUCCCUGAUUGCUAACAGUGGUAUUAGUAGGCAGUCAACUAGUUCUGAAUCCACAGAUAUAGUAAGUCAGACACAUGAUCCUGCAAAACCGUCAGAUUUGUAUGACGAUGUGGAUCUAGAAAGUAAUUCUACUACUGAUGCUGAUGUUUUUGAAGAAAAAACCGAUGAAGUGUCUACUGGUCUUGUUAGCAAAAUGAAGAAGACUUGGGAAAAGUGGUUCCCCAAAAGUCAAGAGGAAUCUAUGGUUGCAGAAUCUGCAGAAAAAGCAUUUGAUGGGUUUCAAGAGAUAAAUCCAGAGAGUCUAGGAAUGGAGAACUCAGACUGGCAACCUUCUGCUAGCCCAGUUUUGGGAAUAUCUGAAAGUGUCCUGAAAAGCAAAGUGCGGUCUAAGAAAAAUAAAGAUAAAGUGCAGAAACCAGAAAUUAGAAGCAUCAGUAGUUUGAAAUCUCCUGUAGAGGAGCUGGCUGCAGGUUAUGUUUCAUCGAGUGCUUUAAUUACAGAUAAAAAGUUAGAAGCCACUUUACCAGAGCCUGAUAGCAAAAAUGAUUACACACAGUUAAAUGAAGAACUAUUAUCUAAAAAUGAAGAAUAUGAUCCCUUUGGUCUUGGCCAGUUGAAUCAAAUUGAAGAAGAUUCUGGUCGUGAAAAAUUAAGUUUGAAAAUUGAUGAGACAUUUGCGUGUAAAGAUGUGCAAGAAACAUCCAAGAGCGAAGAUGUGCAAAACAGUGAACAGUUUUCAUGGAACACUCAAGAACGACCUGAUACAGAGUUACAACCUGAGCAACCAGAUUUGGAAGAAGAAACCCAUCAUAGUACUGGACUGAAUUCUAAUUCAGCCAAAUUAGUGAAUCGCUAUCCCAGUAUAAAGAAUAUUGAAAAGGGCAUUGUGAAAAGUAGGAAAACCCAUUGGGAAGAAGCCCUUUUUGAACAGGAGGAUGAUGAAGAUGACACCAUGGAGGAGAAUGAUGAAGCUAAACUAAAUGAAAAUGAAGGUGCCCACUUUGACAACGAACUCCCUGAAGAAUUACCCAGAUCACAGUCCAAAAGGAAACUUACUCAUCAGUAUCAAUUAAGUGUCAAGAUUAAAAGUGGUAGUGUGUUAGAUACAAAGCUGAAAUGGGAGCAGAAAGAACUGGAAACUACGUGCAUAGCAAAAGAUGUUAAUGAAGACACACCACUUGGUGUCCUUGAGGAAGAAGAGUGCAGUUCUAUUGUGGAGAGUAUUCUUGAAAGGAAUCCUAGUCUGAAGAAUAUCGAGAAAGGUCUCGUUCAGAUUAGGAAAGGUCAGUUAGAAGCUAUAUUGCCAAUAAAAGAAGAAGGAGAGGUAAAUGAACCCAGCGAUGACAUCAGUGAAGAUAAGGAAAUAUCUGCCGACAUAAAUAUCAGAGACAGUAAUAAUCAAACAAAAUCACCUCCACAUGGCGAGUUAAAUUCCACGGUAGUCAGUGGCUGUAUGCAUGGAGUCAAGUCAUUAUGGGAAGAGAAAGGAGCUGAAUUAAAUUAUCAGAUAGAAGAGCAGGCUGUUAGAGGGAGAUCUCCAAGAGACGAAUUUGAUGAAUAUUGCAAAGAUGAAAUCAAAUCCUGGAAUAGCACUGACAGAGAUUGCAAGGCAGAUUCUAAAAUGAGAGAAGAAAACAAAAGUGAAACAGAGUGUAUAAGUAAGGAUGCUGAACCUUUAGAGGGUAAGGAAGUUAUUCGAAGUACAGAUCCAUUAGCUGAACCAGAAGUUAAACAAGGUCUUGUUGCCAACAAGAAGAAGGAAUGGCAAAACUUACUGAUGUGUAAUGAACAAGAAGGUGUAGACAAGGAAGGUAUCAUAAACAAGGACUUGGGCAAAGUAAAAUUGGAUCCUGGGUGUCUAAGUGUGAGAAUAAAAAGUGGGAGUGUUUUGGAUGCCAAAAUGUUAUGGGAAGCAAAAGAAGCAAAUGAAAAAAUUAAAAAAGGAAAUGAUAGAUACCCUAGUCUCAGUGGACAAAAAGUUGGUGAAGAUAUAGCCACAUUUAAUGAAAUGAAGACUCUUUCUCAUUUAGAUUCAGAAAUUAUUAAUCAUAAUGACAAUGGAAGAGGUGACCAAUAUCUUGGGAGAGAUCUAAUUUCAGAUUCAAGAGAAAAUCUCCAACUACCAGAUAACUGUGCAGAUCCAGAAAUUAGAGAGGGAUUUGUUGAGAGCAAAAAGAAAAUGUGGCAGAAUAUUGUUGAUUCACAAGAAACUGUUGGUCUGUGUACCAGUAAAACAAUUCUGUCCGAAAAUUUAAAACUACCUGUCAAGUCUGUAACGGAUAAUAUAACUGUGUUACAUGAAAUAAUGGCAAGUCAGGAGCAGAUUAUUAAUAAAUGUUCUGAGAUUCCAGAAAAAACAUUUGAUAGGCGCGAACAGGACGAAAGUCCUGUAAAAUCUGGGAAUAAGCAAGGGUAUAAUAUGAGUGUCAGAAUUAAAAGGGGCGUUGUUGUAGAUGCUAAGCUCAAGUGGGAGGCUAUGGCGUUUGAAAGCAACUCUGGUACUGACUUAGAACAAAGUGAAAUGUUGAGUAACAAUCAAGUUGAUGAUGUAUGUGAGAGAGAAAGGAGCUUAAAGAGCUCUUCUGAGCAAUAUUCUGACCCUGCACAAAUAAUGGACACUGAAGGUACUACGGACAGUACUGGACAGAUGGUUGGCAAAGGAAUGGUCAGAGAAAAUGUGAAAAAGUGGAGUGUCAGCAGGGAAGCAGACGAUUAUGCUGAAUGGAAGAAAACUCAAGAAGCAGCAAAUAGAGAAAAAGGUCGUAAAAUACAUAGUGCACUAUCUGAGGUGAUUGCUCCUAGUGAACCAAAGAGCAAUGAAGCCUUUUGCGAAUCCAAGCUUGAUGAUGCAACUACUAUUAUUGAUCGAUUUGAUGAAAAACAAGUAUCAGAUUAUAAUUUAAGUGUUCGGAUUAAAAGUGGUACUGUGGAAGAUGUUAAACUGAAGUGGGAAGCUGGAGAGUUUGAAGGAAGACCUUUAGAUAACCGUAAGGUUGAUAAUGAGAUCAGCGUCAUUCAACCUCAUGAUGGCAAUGGAGACAUCAAAAACAGUUUUGGCAAAGGAAAUCAUCAUGAAGCUGUUGAUAAAGAUGAUACCAGAUCUACUGAUACAAGUCCAAUGAAGUUGGCAGAAAAGGGUCUAGUUAAGGAAGGCAUGAAAAAAUGGGAUGUCAGUAAAGAAAAAAGUGAGUGUGCUGUGGGGAAAGUUGAAAAAAGUGCUAUAAUGAACACAUCUUGUGAAUUAGUAAGUAAAACUGUCACCAACCAACCCCCCUCGUCUAAAGAAUCUAUACAGUGUGAAACAGAGGUUGAAAAAUUAAACAAAUUUAUAGACAGUUUAGAAAAGAAACAGCUGAAAGGUGGUAGCGCUGCGAUCAAAGUCGUGUCUGAGGAAGUCUUGCAUGAGAAUGUAGAGGUGGAGAAAUUCGAUAGCUUUUUAGAUAAGUUAGAAAAGAAGCAGUCAUCGAGGUAUAAUCUGAGUAUGAAGAUUAAAAGUGGUGCUGUGGGAGAUGCUAAGAUGAAGUGGGAGGCUAGAGAACUGGAAGCAAAAUCUCUGGAUGGACAGAUUAAUAAAAGAGAUAAUGAUGGAGUGAAUGCAAGAGUAAUGGACGGAAACACAGUAGAAAGUCACCCUGAAGCUGAACAGACGGACAUCAACAAAACUGAAGACUUAGGUUUAGAAGAAUUAGUUGGAAAAGGACUUGUUAAAGAAUGUAUGAAAGUGUGGGACUACCAAACAAGAACUGAUGAGAAUGCUCUUCUCAAGUCAAUGCCUGAUGUGAUUAGGAAAGAGAAAAGAUCUGGAUUAUCAGAUGCUAUAAUUGAUAAAACUAUUAAUUCAAUUGAUAACAAAGAAUUAUCAUUAGACGGUAAAUUAGAAGAUUCAGACGAAGUUGCCACAUGCAGCACCAGUGAAAAUUCAAAACUAAGUGAUCCUAAAGGUAUUUCUGUGGAGAUGAAAUGUGAAAAGGAGUAUAAAUUUCAAAAUGAAACUAGUGAUAUGUUGGAGGGUCAUUGUAGAACAUUGGGUGUCCAAGAAUUUGGGGAGCUGGUAGAAACUCUCUCUGAAAGAAACAUGUCUGGCUCAGAGGACCUUUGUGACAAAGAAGUUGAAAUGAGCAGAAAGAAUAGCCUUGCUGACUGUGAAGACAGUGUGAGUUUUGGUAGAGAAUUCUGGGAGGGAGGUGACAUCUCCAGUGUAGAUAUGAAGGAGUGGAGACGUCAGCAAAGAAUGGUGCUAUCAGAACAGAAGUCAGAAUUUCGAAAUACCAGGAAGUUAGGUCCUGGGAAAUUCGCCGAAUUUUCACAAGAAAAGGAAACUCCCUUGAAUGAGAUUAAUAAUCCCCGAAAAGAAAAAUUGACAAGAAAUCUCAGCAUUGAGAUUCAGGAAGGUAGUUUGAGCGUGAGCCGGAAAUUUUGGGAGGAAAAUCAAGUUAGUCAUGAGGAUAAAAUUUUGGUAGGCUCCAAGAAAUGCAGUGAAUUUCAAAAGACUGGAUGCGAUGGAAGAAUGGCAGAUUUGGAAGGAGAAAGACAAGAAGAAGAUGCUUUGUGUAGUAAAAUCACAAAUGAUUUCCUUGAUAUUGAGAAUACAACUGAUUUGUCUAAUGCAACUCAGCAGGAGCUAGAUUUUAAAUUUGCAGAUGAGACACUAACUGGGUUUAAUUCUUUGUCUGUACCAGAGAAACCUUCAUCAGCUGAUCGUAGUGUUAGCCCCCAUGAUGUCAACAAAAAAGCCUUUUAUGAAGCCAUGUUGUCUAUAGAUGAAUCAGAAAUCGAAAAGGAGAAUAAUUGCUCUUUGCAAAGUUGCAAAGUUCUUCUGACUGAUGGGACAAAAGAGCAAACACUAGACCAGGGAGAAUCUGCACCAGAGAAAACUGUAGCAGAGUCUCCAAGUGCAAGUGUUCUUGGGAGUGUAUCGCCCCCUUGGGAUGAAUUUUUCGACUGUGAAUCGGUAAUCAGUGAUGGAGUCGUGCAAAAAUGCAUGUCCCCUUGGACUGAGGAAAAUAAUCAUCCUUCUGGAACACUAAAAGGGCAAGUAUCUGGCAGCAGUAGUAAAAUGCAGAAGACAGAGGAACAAGACUUAAUUAAUUUUCAAACAGCUAAUGUUGCAAAGAGUGAAUUUACCACUGAAACUGAGAAUAUAGAACGAGAUUUCACAUCACGACAAGUGCACAGUUCUCAGAAUGAAUCGGGAGAGGCUGGGAAAGGCGAGAAAAUGUCCAAGAGUUUGGUUGCACAAAAGAGAGACUUUUGGAAUAAGAAAAUUGCUAAACAAGACAAUGGUGCAGAAAUUUCAGGUAUUCGCGAUGAAGCAGAGAAGAAAGAACAUGACGUAAAAAUGUGUAUUUCAAAAGUGAAAGCCGAUCCUCAAACAUCUGAAGUAACUGAAACAACACCAGACACUAGUAUGCUUCCGUCUUUCCAAAACAAAGGGCCAUUUGAAGCUCACGAUCAAGAACCUUUCACUAAAUCUGAUGAAGAAGAACUACCUACUGUGUUUCAGUCAUCUGGUAUUGUCUCUCAGAUUAAAGGGUUUUGGGACAGUAUGUUUUCUAGAACUGAAUGUGUUACAGAAAAGACUGAUAGGAAUAAAGAGCUACUUUCCCAAAUGGAUAUCAUUGAUGAAAGUGAGACAAAGGAAGGUAAAAAUGAAGAUGAUCUUCAUGAUUCCAGACAAUUAGAUACAAAUCAAAGCCAUGAAAUCGCGGAAAACCCAAUUGUUCUUGAAAGUAAUGAUGGACUGGGUGAAACAAAACCACCUUCGGAAGAUAGUGCACUGACUAAGAACUUGGUUGCACAAAAGAAGGACUUCUGGGAUGAUCUUAUAGCAAAGAGAGAGCAUUCAUGUAAAGAAAGACAAGCAAAUGUAAAAAAACCUGACCAUCAUUAUGAAAGAUCUGUUAAUGAGAAUCUGGGAAUGAGUAUCCCAGAAUAUAGAAGUGAACAUCAUCGAUCUAGUCCUGUGAAUGAAAUUACUGAGUCAAAGACCUCUCUAGGACGAAAACUUAGCAUAACAAUAAAAAAGGGCACAGUCAAGGCAAGCCAAGAGAUUUACGAAAGCAACAAAGAAGAUAAUUACAUAAAAUGGAAGAAUCGUAAGAAUAAAAUUGUACUGAAGGAGAUUCAAAAUAGAAAAAGUUCGCCAUCAAAGCCUCAUUCCAGUUGUGAUGACAGAAAUCAAAAGUUGAAUAAACCAGGAAAGGCUAUAGAAGUUGCUGAAAUGGAAGAGAAAACAGCUUUGCACAAAAAGUCAACUGAAGCCUGGAGGAAGUCAGAGUUUUCUUUGCCUUCAUCUGAUAUCCAACAUGAAUCCUCAGGUGAUGAGAAGGAACCUGGUAGCGUGAAGAGAAAGAUAAGUAUUAAGGUACAGAAAGGCUUUGUACAGCAAUAUAAAACCCACUGGGAGAAACGGACUCACAAACCUGGAUUUUGGACGUGGAAAAGACAUCGACUUGAGGAUUCACAAUCUAAGGUUCUUUCACCAAUGCGUCGUAAGCCUUCUCCAGUUUUCAAAAAGCAAAUUACUCCAAAAAUUUCCAUAAAUUUUUCUCAGAGACAGCCUUCCCCUCAGGGUAUGACAGAUACAUGGGACGAGAAACCAUCAUUACAUGUUUCUGAAGGAAGGAAAUUCUGGGAACAAGAAAGGUAUAGAUCUCCUACGCCAUCCAGUACUCCAGAGCGACCACUGACCCCCGAAGAGGCAGAUGAAUACAUGAGAGGAUUUAGGGGAAAGGUUGCUUUUGAGAGGCAAAGGUUUGACAGUCUAGGUAGUCUUAUCAGUGCUGGAAGUGUUGACAGCCUUGACAAUUUGGACAGGAACUCUGUUUUUGAGCCAGUUAAGCAGAAACAUUCACACAAGGCUCAGCUGGAUAAGGAGUACAUGGAAUUAAUUGCAGGUAAAGUUAGUAAACAAAAAGAUUUGUGGGAAACAAAGAGUCGCCUGAGCAGCAGUAGUGAAACACCCAAAUCUGUCUCAAAAACAAGUAAAAAGGUGUCUCCUGCCCACCUGAAAAAUACAAAGUUAGGUGUAGGGCCCAGAGACAUGGCUGAAAGUAAAGUCUCACAGAUCGAAACUCGUAGUGGAAAAGAGUGCCUUGUUUACAUCCUUCAUAGCACAAUAGAAGGGGAUUUGGUGCUAGAAACAGUGAACGAUCAGUAUCUUCACAAGGUGGCUUCGAAUGAAGACUCAAAGUCAGAAGUGACUUUAACUUAUACAGAUAUCAAGAGCAUAAAGGAGAAGAUGGUCUCGCACUGCGACCAAGCAGAACAAGCAAAGGCACCUAGGCGGAAGAAGAAAUAUGAUCAAGAAUUAAAAACAUUAGACGACGAAGAGAGCUGUUUCUCGAGAGAGGAUGUGGCUGAUACCGCAUCCCUUAGAUCAAGUGUAGCCGAGACCCAAGGCAUUGAAAAUGGGUAUCUUCCUACAGAAAAUUCUCAGGAAAUAGAGUCUGACAGAUCAGAAGAACACAAAAGAAACAUACCUGAUAUUACUGAUAUUAGUGAAGGACCGUGUGAAACCACAGACAUUGAAAGCUAUAGACAUAACUUUAGGUUCGCGCGUCGUUUCUUUGAAUCCGGGUUAACCGACAAGGUUGCGCCUGAAAACGAAAGGUGUUGUUCGGAGGAUUCCACUGAUGCCAAAGUGUCACUGACGUGUGAAGUCGAAGCCAUCAAAGCUGAAAUCCCCAACAUCCCCAACCUGAGUGUAGAUGAUGUGAAAGAAGUUGAUGAGUCUGACCCUGGUACAGAGAGCGUCCCAAUCCCAAAUGGCGUUGUUUCUGAAAUUGAUAUCAGUCUUGGAAACAACUAUACCCAGGAAGAGAACAUCAAAAACCUUGAAAGUGAAGAUGAGAUUGAAUACAAAAGAACAAAAUACCGACUUGUAGAUCAUGGGUGCCAAACAGAUGACGAGUUUGAUGAUGUUGUUGAUGAUGAUGAUGAGGAGGAGGAGGAGUACUUCCGGCAGAAACACCGAAGUAAGCAUAAAAAGUGGAACCAUUUCUCGGAAGGGAAGCCAAGAAAUGUUAAUCCCUCUUGCGACCAGGAGAUUCAAGUGUCGGCAUUUGAUCUCGUCAAUCCCUUGAAGCGGCCUCGCACUAAAGAAGAUCGUCACUACGAUAUAUUGGAGAUGCCUACAUCGAAGCGUCGCAUUUUCAAACGCCAUCGUAAAGCUCCCCACAUGUUGAGGAGCCGCUCUUUACCCUCUUGCGACCCUGAAGAGUUACUGAGUGAAACUCCUCUGAGUACGACUGAGUUCAGUGCGCCAAAUUCAAAUAGCGAAGUGAUAAAGAAUUUGUGGGCUAAUAAGAUAAAUCACAGAGACUUUGGAAUAACGAACCCAUCACCACUUGUGGCGUCACUGAUGGAUCUUGCCAGAGACCUGCCCUCUGCUUAUCCUGAUGUGCAGCUAGAGCCUCAGACUAGCGACGACUUAGCAGACCUUGACCAUGAUGUCUUUCAACACUUCCCUGGGGGAGAGGUGAUAGAGACACUGAAUGGGUGCUACAGAGGCGAAUUUCCUCACAUUCCGGUGAGGGGUCGCCUGUGUUCUGCGAACGAUUUGAGAAAUGGACACCAAGAUCUUAUAUCUCUGAGAGAACUCCGUCGAGCAAGCCUGCCAGGAGCUCUGGCACUCCUACCAAUCUCUGAGUGUGUUAAUGAAGAAUUACAGACUGACAUUAUAGAUGAUCUUUAUCCUCCAGUUGACCCAACCACAACCACUGCUAAUACCAUUAACCAGCAAACUUCCAACAGCGAAAAUAGUUAUUCACAGUACAGUAGUAGUGAGAGUGGCAAUGCUUCUGCUAGCAGCGAUUCCAUGAGGGUACACGCAGAUUCUGAUUCAGAGACGGCUGAGGCCAGUAUCAGCUCGUCACUUAUACAGAAGACAUCGUUCUGCAGUCAUGUAGAUGAAACUUGUAUUCCACAGGAACAUCUUGGUAAUGUAGAAAGGAUUGAAUAUGAGGGAAUGAAAGAACUUCAAGAAAAGUGCCCCGAGCCAGUUUGUCAAGCGUAUGGCACGGGACUGCGUCAGGGUAAAGUUGGUAGCAUCAACUCUUUUGUAAUUGAUACAGCCGGAGCAGAGGAGGGAGAGGUUACCAUCAAAGUCGAGGGGCCGUUUGAAGGAUCGGUAUUAGGAACGGAGGUGUACCCCUCGGAGGAAGUGUCGGGCAUAUACGAGGUGCAAUUCCAGGUUGGAGUUCCUGCAGAUUAUAGCAUCGUUAUAAUGUGGUUACAGGAUCAUAUACCUGGCAGCCCGUUUACUUGCGUUGUUGACCCAGAGUGCUCCGGUCAUCAAUAGCUGCUUCAUGUUAAUGUAUAGUCAGUCAGUUCUGUACGGCAGCUUUGAAGGACAGUUUAUGUACAUAAAACUAAUUAUAUGCGCAUUUCGUGUAUACGUACUGAUUCACUCGUAUGUUUUACUCUACAGAUUGAUAAAUUUACACAUUAAACACAGUACAGUCAUGCAGAAAAUGUACGCACAUGUACACACGGAUAUGUGCGCGACACCAGAACUCACUGCUCCAUAUUGUAUUUAUUGUUCAAGUAUAUGAACUGAAACAUUUAAGCUGAAAUAUGAACUGAAGUUUUUAAAAAGCCUGUGAUAUUAAAGGUCAAUAUGUAAAUCAUUUUACACUUGUACUUUCUAAGUUACAAUUUAUUGUCACUAUUUCUGUAUAUAAUAAAUUUAUAAUAUUUA